AUGACCUGCUCGGAGCUCCCCGAAGAGGAGUGCGCCUCCACACAUUUCUUCGAGACCGUGGGUGCCUGCGAGCGAAGGCUUUGUGUGUGGGCAGCUCCAUGGAAAUGCAUGGUCGAUUACACACAAGCGUGCAUCAGCUGCAACUGGCCUUGUGGCAGGAAGGCUUCCACGUCAACGACAUCGACGACGACAACCACCACCCUGACGACCACUACCAUGACAAGCAGCACCACCAUCACAGUCACGGAGACGACAACCACUACUUCAACAAGCACAUCCACAGUUACGACCACGUCCACCAGCACAACAACGACGACCACAACGUCCACGACAACAGUCACAGGGUCCACGACGGACCGGUACCACCUGGCGGUUUCCACGCCAUACCUGACGAAGAGUGGAGCGGUGGUUCCAACUCGCUGCUUCGAGUUCUGCGAUCGAACCAAUGUAAGGAGCAUGUAUGUUUCUUGUCACCAGCUUUCUCCAGAGAUGUGCCAGUCGGAAAGCUUCUACGAGACUGAUCUGAAGGGAAACCGGAGACACUGCGUCUUCGUUGGUGAAAGCUGCACUGUGGACAUGUCCUUCGUUUGUAACGCAAGUAUGCCCAUCUGCCAAGUGAGCGACGACUCGGUAAGCGAAGGGUCACCAGAGUCCGCAGCUGUUGUGAACGGAACUGUUCCACCCUCAACGAACCUGUCGAGAAGUCCGGAUUCUGGAGCUUCAAGCACGCUUCCAGCCGAAAAGCCGAGAACAAACACUUCCGAAAUACUAUCUGGCGAGAGUGGUGAGCCUGGGACGACGCACACUAGGCAGGAUCGGCUUGAUGAUAGUGGUGAGAAUGCCAAGACAUUCGAAAGGCAGGAUCUGUCUGGUGAGAGCGCUGACCAAACGAAAGCAUUCCCAAGGAAGGAUCAGCUGCUGCCACAUGCAGUCAUGCAGUCAGUCGUGGCGGCUGCACAGGAGUGUCUUGCAGUGGGCCUGAAUGUCUUGGAUAUUUAUGAAGUCGUCAAUGCGACGCUGCUUCAUGUGCCCAUCCCGAUCAAGAGUCCUGCAGAGAUGUCCCUCAGAGAGGCUGUGGAGGUUGCGCUUCUGGCAGGUGUUUCCUCUGCACGCAUCCUCCAGGAUCUGCAGCAUGCUGGCAUUGGAACCGAGGAGCCUGCUAGCCUGCCGCCUCUGCCACCCCUGCCACCUCACAGCGGAAGAGUUGAGACCGUCGAGAUCAACCCUCAUGGUCCGGACAGGAUUGUUUUCAGGGCACCCUACACAGAGGUCACUACGACCACAUCCUCGCAACUGUCCCACACAAGCCUGCAAUCGGACGUUCGGUGCUCCUCCUUGUGCUCCAAGCAGGAGGUGAACGACUGCGGAAGCAUAGAGCCUGAGCUGUGCGCCAGUGAGGAAUUUUACUCGACUUCCCAAGGGCAGACAUCCUUGUGCGAGCUGGUCGAGGAUACUUGCCAGUCUGGACCAUCUUUUACCUGCGAGUCAAACGCAGAUUGUGCUGGCCACAACCGAGGAAGGCUGGGAGUCGAUGCUAUUGAUCGAUUCUGUAAGACCUUGUGCUUCAAGCACAGGGUGUUAACAGGCAACUGCAGCACACUUCAGGAAGACGACUGCAAGUCUCGCAUGUAUUACAUGGACACUGCCGGAGGGAAGGUUCUGUGCCAAUGGGAGGCAGCAGGCAAUUGCGACGUUGACCUGUCCGCACGAUGUCCUAAGAAGCAGCUGUGUCCAGACACAACGACUUCUUCUCCUAUGGUGCCUCCAUUUUGCUACACGCUUUGUGGCAAAACUGAUGUCGGCUCCCAUGUCUCGGCAUGCGAAGAACUGCCUGAAGCUCAAUGCAAAACGUGGCAGUAUUAUGCCACAAUUGAUGGUCACCGUGCUCUUUGCAGCUGGUCCGAGAUCGGUGUGUGCAGCCUGGACACCUCGGCCUCAUGCCCUCCGUUGAUGCCCAUUUGCCCUAGCAGCACCACUGCGAGCACUUUGCUUCCUUUCACAGACUACCGCAGUCAUGCGAAAGCAGUCGGAUAG